GCGACGUCGAGUGCCGUCUCGCACCAAUCCGCCAAACUGCGUGUGACUCGCACCACACCUUUGUGUGUUGUCCAUAACCAUGGCUUUCUCUCCUCUCUCUUUACCCAUUUCACUCAUUUCAUAUCUAGCUAUCUUUAGACCUGUUCAUGGAGCUACAGCGCCGGUUGCCGCAACGUGGUCCGAUUCGACAUACGGUCCGGACGGUCCUUGGCCGGCAGUGGAGGUGACAUUGGGCGAUGACCAGACGAUAGCACUAUACCCGGGACGGGAAUUCCAGAGUUUCCUUCUCACCACCGAUUAUUGUAACCAGAACAGGACUUUAUGUUAUGCCAACCAGGCCGGUCUCUACAAUGACGCCCAGUCCCAAGUAGAUGCCACCGGCUCUACAGGACACAUUCAAUUCCAGUCGGGUUCUGAUUAUAUGGCCGGAGUUGAUAUACGAGGCCAACCGACGAAUUCGUGGAUCGAUAACAUGAAAUUUGGUGGAUCAACAAUCGCAAAUGUUUCUCUAGCUCUACUUAAUCAAUCCUACAUGGCAUACCCGAAUGGCCAGUGGUAUCCCCUGACUGUGGGCUGCUUGGGAAUAGGAGCACCUGACACAGUGAACCAGUCGUUCUCGAACAGCUAUGGGCCAGCAAUCAACGCGAGUCUUAUCCCGGGAUAUCUAUGGGCACAUAACAAGACCGCAUCCAACUCUUUUGGUAUGCAUAUUGGCUCGGCAAAUCCCAAAAUGCCCGGGUCGUUCUAUUUUGGCGGUUAUGAUCAGAAUCGAAUUGUAGGAGACGUUCUAUCGUAUCAGGACGACUAUACGAAAGAUAUCACCUUGAAGGAUAUCACAAUCAAGGUGGUAGACGGCUCUUCCCCGUGGCAGUUUGAGUCACUAGGUGGUCUCUUGUCAUCGGGCAACUCGUCUAUCACCUCUGGGGGCCUUCAGGUUUCCGUCGAUGGCUGCUCCCCCUACUUAUCGCUCCCCAAGUCGACAUGUGAUGCCAUUGCGAAAAAUCUACCUGUCACAUACAAUGAAGGCCUCGGCCUAUAUUACUGGAAUACCAACGAGCCAAAAUACACACAAAUUGUCAACUCAGCCUCUGUUUUGGAAUUUGUUUUCAUCGCUGACUCGAAUACCAAGAAUGUCUCUAUCUCAGUGCCGUUCCGGCAUCUGAAUCUCACACUCACUGCGCCAUUAGUCGAUCAACCUACGCAGUAUUUCCCUUGCUAUACUGGACAUUCUAAAGGUUACACACUUGGCCGUGCCUUCUUACAGGAUGCAUUCGUCGGCGCUAACUGGGGCACUAAAUCAUGGUGGCUCGCACAAGCACCCGGCCCUAACAUUCCAUCGGCAAAUGUUGUUGAGUUGGCGAAUGGAGGUGGAAUUAAAGCUAGUACGAAUGACUGGAAAGAAUCGUGGUCUGGAUCAUGGACGGCUCUCACCCCGGAAGAAGCAAGUAGCUCAUCUACAGUGAGCGCUCCAACUGCAACAAACACAGAUUCCGUAGAUUCGACCGGUCUUUCGACGGGAGCAAAAGCCGGAAUUGGCGUUGGCGUUGGCAUUGCAGGCUUAGCAGCACUUGGUGCUCUUGCUUUCUUUUUCAUGCGCCGUCGCAAAGCAGCCGCCACCGAAGGAGCAGCGGCUAGUGCGGCGGCCCAUUCUACGCCAGAACACGGAUUCUACGCGCCCGUUAAGAAUCCUACCUCUCCUGGGAUGACUGAUUCAUCUACGAUCACCUCAGGACAGCCACCGAAUGCGAUGAUGUACAACCAGCAGUAUGCACAGUAUCCGCAACCAUACCCACAACAAUAUCCUCAGCAGUAUAUGGAACAACCGUACGGGCAACAAUACAGUACCGAGUUACCUGCCGUUGGAAAUACACCAACAGAAUUGCCUGGGUCGACGAUAUACGAUCCGCAUAUGCUAGACAGCACUCAGAUCAGCAGUCACGCAUCUCCUCAACCAAGCCAUGUAUCGCCGCAUUCGCCAAGCCACGGCACGGAUCAGUCACAAGCACCCGGUCAAUCUGGGCAUAUAUAACAGCGGUAUUGAGGGGGUUGGCGUUGAGGGGAAAGCUGGGAAAUAGAUUUUGGGCACCAAAAAUUUCUAUGCGAUUAACCGUUUAUUGC